GACAAGCGGGAGGGGAGGGAGGAGAGGCAGACAUCGACACCUAGGCAGUGGCAGUUAUAUCCACAAGACGAGAGGGGAUAGACGUUUCUCAAUGGAGUGCGUAUUUUGAACCAUAGCCUGUACAGGGACCUCAGAGUGGAAAAAAAUAUUUUUCAAUCCGGCGUUGAUCGUGCAGCUGCGGGAAGGGAAAAUUGGGCGCAAGGAAUAAACAUGGCCCCAAGUCUAUAUCUCCACGGGGCCUUGGCUGUGUUUUGUGUGACUCUAACCUGCAAUGGAUUUAAUAUAGACUCACGGUUUCCAGUUAUCAAAGAAGGGAAAACCAAGGGCAGUUUCUUUGGAUUUGCUGUUGCCUUACACAAACAGACGGAAGGGUCCACGAAAUACCUUCUCCUGUCAGGAGCACCCAAGGAGAAAGCCCUGGCUCUGAGGAACGUCAAUGAGACGGGCGCCAUCUACUCCUGUCCUGUCACCACAGAGCUUAACGACUGUGAAAGGAUGGACUUGGUCAGCUCCACGGACUCGUCUGAGAUAGUGGAGGGGAUGUGGCUGGGAGUGACUGUGGCCAGCCAGAGAGACCUGCCAGGGGGUCGAGUGCUGGCUUGUGGGCAUCGCUACGUGAAGGUGGUGCGGGGGGGCGCAGAGGAGCAGCUGCGGAUGGUGGGGAAGUGCUACGUCAGGGGCAAUGACCUGACCUUCAACCCCAACGACGAGUGGCAGGACUACAGCUACGAGGUGUGCAACCCCAACUUCGACAUGGAGCUGGAGGGCUUGUGCAACAUGGGCAUCUCGGGGGGCAUGACCGACACGGACGUCUACAUCGGCUCUGUGGGCAGCUACGUGUGGCAAGGCAACGUUCAUGUAACGUGGAGAGACCCUGAUCCAGGAAACGCGUGGGACUCAAGUGACAAAGACUUUGGGCAACUGAACAGACGAUACAGCUACAUGGGUUACUCUGUCAAUGAGGACAAGAAGCUGCUGAGUCAAGACUACUUCACGGUAGUGACGGGGUCUCCCAGAGAUGAAUCCAAGGGCUCAGUGAUGCUGGCUAAGAAGGGCAGCACAGCGUUGGUGACCGAGUUCAUCAUCCCAGGAGAACAAGUGGGCUCGUACUUUGGGAACAGCCUAGCUGUCACCGACCUCAACAAUGACAACUGGAAUGACCUGAUCGUAGGUGCCCCAUUCUACUUUGACCGUCAGAAAGAGGAGGGAGGAGCGGUGUACGUCUUCAUGAAUGAGAACGGCUCUUUCCAGAAGACACCUAGCAUGGUACUGAAGGGUCCUACGGCAUCUGGUUUUGGAUUCGCCGUGGCAGCCAUUGGCGACGUCAACCAAGAUGGAUUCCAAGACUUUGCAGUAGGAGCCCCAUUCCAUGAGACUGGGAAUGUCUACAUCUGGAUGGGAAGCAAGAAGGGCAUCUCUGAGGAGCCUAGUCAGGUUAUUGAAGGGAAGUCAGUGGGUAGUGGUGGGUUCCAGACCUUUGGCUAUUCCAUCAGUGGAGGUAUGGACAUGGAUGAGAACAGUUACCCUGACCUCCUGGUUGGUUCUCUGGAUGACCGCAUCGCUCUGCUCAGGGCUCGUCCAGUGAUCCAUCUCUCUAAGAACUUCACCGUGCUGCCAGAGAUUGUGGACCCUAACCUUUGUCCCCGUGGAAACAAAUCCUGUGUGACUGUGACAGUGUGUUUCUCCUACACACUCAGCAAUGGAAACAAAGAUUUCAAGAAAAACAUCAUGGUGAAGUACACAGUGGAAGCCGACAUGCAUCGCCGGAGCCCUCGAGUUCUCUUCCUGGUCAAUAAGCUUGCCACCUACACAGGCCUCCUUACCAUGCCAUCUCCCAAGACCGAGUGUCAGGUGCUGGAGCUCAGACUAGAGGAUCCUGUGAGGGACAAACUGGAGCCGGUGGUUUUCUCCCUCAACGUGUCCCUGGAUGAGCAGAAACCCAAAGUUAGAAAGGCCCUGCAGAACCUGGACUCCUACCCUGUACUGAGCCACAAACAGAAAGUGACUGAGAGGAAAGAGAUCAACUUCCAGAAGGAGUGUGGCUCAGACAACAGGUGCACCAGUAACCUGCAGCUAACAGCUGCGUUUGCUAACGAAUUACUGAAGCCUUACCCCAGUCAGGGGAAACGCCAAUUGCUGCAGUACAGCAGUAAUGUGAAAAAGGUGGUGCUACUUGUGGAGAUAACUAACGUGCCAGGCCCUGGGAAGGUAGCUGAGGACGCCCACCAGGCCAUGCUCAACAUCUCCACCCCCUCCACGCUCCGUUACUCUGGCGUGCGCUCCCAUGAUACUGGUGUAGAAUGCCGUGCAGGAGAGACUGUUAUGUGUGAGCUGGGGAAUCCACUGAGGAGCAAUGAGAAGGUCUCUCUGCAGCUCAUCUUUGAAACAACAGGGAUCAACCUCCAGACCAGGGAGAUUGAGUCUCAGUUGCUGCUGUCCACGUUGAGUGAGCAGAAUGACCUGUACCCGGUGUCUGUGGUUCUGUUGAUAGAGACCUCCAUCCAGACCUCCUUCUCCAUAGAGAAUCCCCUGGUCCAGACCUACUUCAGCGGGGAGGUGAUGGGAGAAUCAGCUAUGAACACGACCAGUGACGUGGGCAGUCUUGUGGAAUACACCUUCAAGGUGUCAGUGGAGGGAGAGCCUCUGGGGGCACUGGGGAUCCUGGCCGUAGAGUUUGAGUGGCCCUUCGAGGUGACCAGUGGGAAGUGGCUUCUCUACCUGACUGAGAUCGUCACCAAGGGGACAACUGAGACCCACUGUGUCCCUCCAGGGGACAUCGUCAAUCUUCUCAACCUCACAUUGUCCAAGAACAGGAGCAAACGUCCCAAGCGAGCGGUGGAGGGCGAACACCCUCGCAUCAUCGAGCCACAGGCUGUCCUUACCGUGCUGACUCCUCGUAAAGAGACCUACCUCCUGGAUUGUUCAAAGUGGACAGCCCGCUGUGUGACGUUCACCUGUCCCUUGAUCAACAUGUCUACCUCUGCCAAGAUCAUUGUGAGGUCACGGGUGUGGAACAGCACUAUGCUAGAGGACUAUAAAAAUGCUUUGAGGAUUAAGGUUAGAGGUCAGGCCACACUGAAACUUGUGACGGACAACCCCACCAUCAAGAUGGAAAAUGAGACCAGAGAGUUCAUAGUGGACAUUGACCCAGUCCUUGGGGUGGAAACACCUUACGAGGUUCCCCUGUGGAUCAUCAUCGUUGCCGUGGUAGCAGGAAUCCUGCUGUUAGGAGUCAUCAGCAUCAUACUAUGGAAGCUUGGCUUCUUCAAGCGGGCCAUCUACUACCGGAUUAUGCCAAAGUACCAUGGAGUGAAAAUCCGUAAGGAGGAACGCUACCAGUUUAACAUGGGCUUCCAGCCAGAGGAUCCAGACAAGAAGUACUGGAUCACCAACUGGACAGAGAUGCAACGUUACUACUACUGAAACCCUGACCUAUGACCCUGAACUCUGAACUCUUGACCUCUGCCAAAGUUCAGGAGCAUUGUGACGGAAGGACACAAGGGUUUUUGGGAUGUCACACAACUUGGAGGGCACAGCAAACAGACCAAUUGUGAAUACUGAUCACUGACCACAUUGAUUCUGGAACCUUUCUCCUCUGUAGAUUUCAUCAAAAUAUUUUUUUGUUCUUUUUUUGUGCAAUAUGCCAAAUAUUCUGUUUCAGAAAUUGCGAUGUUUAAAGUAUUUUGAUGAAAGCAGUGUUGUACAUUGAAAGAGUGUUUAAAAUCCCAGUUUGGUUGUAAAUUUGAUUUAUUUUCCUACCACUGCAUAUUUAAGUACUGAAAAAAAAAAAAAAACCUUUGCAUGUAUAUUUUUCUUCCAUAUGAUCUAUCUGCAAGUUCCUGAGCAAAGUAGUUUUUUUGUCGUCACUGUUUAUUUUUUUAAUCAGGUGAACGAGUCUGUAGAGAGUCUGUAAAAAUUCUUAGUGAAUGUACUGUUCCUUUCAUAUCUCUUUGUUUUAGAAUGUCACUGAUUGUCAGUGGUUUAGCGCUGAUGUCACUACAACAGUAGUUUGGGAGAUUAUUUUGAACUGUGUAGAGCUUUAUUAAUCAUCAGGAUGACUUUGUUAUGACAGAACAAUGACAGUGCCUUAAAAGAGAUCGAUUCAGUGAUGACACUCUACAGUGCCUUCAGGAAGUAUUCAAUACCCCUUGAUUUAUUCCACAUGUUGUUGCGUUACAAUGCUUGAAAUCAAAAAUGGAUUAAAUAAAUACAAAGUCUCACGCAUCUACUCACAAAACCCCAUUAUGACAAAGGGGAAACAUCUUUUUAGAAAUGUUUGCUAAUAUAUUGAAAAUUAAAUACAGAAAUAUCUCAUUUACAUAAGUAUUCCCACCCGAUGGGUCAAUACAUGUUAGAAUCACCUUUGGCAGUGAUUACAGCUGUAAGUUUUUCUGGGUACGUCUCUAAGAGCUUUGCACACCUGGAUUUGACAAUAUUUGCACAUAAUUAUUUUUUUUAUUCUUCAAGCUCUGUCAAGUUGGUUGUUGAUCACUGCUGGACAGCCAUUUUCUACUCUUGCCAUAGAUUUUCAAGCCGAUUUAAGUCAAAACUGUAACUAGGCCACUCAGGAACAUUCAAUGUCGUCUUGGUAAGCAACUCCAGUGUAUUGUGUCUUAGGUCAUGUGCUUAGCUCUAUUCCGUUUCUUUUUAUCCUAAAAAAAUCUCCCUAGUCCUUGCCGAUGACAAGCAUACCCAUAACAUGAUGCAGCAACCACCAUGCUUGAAAAAAUAUGUGGUACUCAUUGUGUUUUCGUUUACCCGAAACAUAACGUUUCGUAUUCGGGACAUACAUUUAAUUUCUUUGCCAAUUUUUCUGCAGUUUUACUUUAGUGCCUUAUUCCAAGGAAUAUUUUUUAAAAUUCUGUACAGCCUUCUUUUCACUGUGUCAUUUAGGUUAGUAUUGCGGAGUAACCACAAUGUUGUUGAUCCAUCCUCAGUUUUCUAUCACAGCCAUUUAACUCUGUUUUAAAGACACGAUUGGCCUCAUGGUGAUAUCUCUGAGCAGUUUUCUUCCUCUCCGGGCAAACUGAGUUAUGAAGUACGCCUGUAUCUUUGUAGUGACUGGAUAUGGUACACCAUCCAAUGUGUAAUUAAUAACUUCACCAUGCUCAAAGGGAUAUUCAAUGUCAGCUUCUUUACAUUUUUACCCAUCUACUAAUAGGUGCCCUUUGCAAGGCAUUGGAAAACCUCCCUGGUCUUUGUGGUUGAAUCUGUGUUUGAAAUUCACUGAUUGACUGAUGGACCUUACAGAUAAUUGUAUGUGUGGGGUACAGAGAUGAGGUAGUCAUUCCAAAAAAUUCACGUUAAACACUAUUAUUGCACACGGAGUGAAUCCAUGCAACUUAUUAUGUGACUUAAGCAAAUGUUUACUCCUCAACUUAUUUAGAGUGACAUAAGAAAGGGGUUGAAUACUUGUUGACUCAAGAAAUGUCAGCUUUUCAUGUCUUAAAACAUAAUUCCACUUUUACACGAUGUGGUAUUGUGUGUGUAGGACAGUGACACAAAAUCUAAAUGUAUUCCAUUUGAAAUUCAAGCUGUAACACAACAAAAUGUGGAAAAAGUCGAGGGGUGUGAAUACUUUCUGAACGCACUGUAUGUCUGUGGAUUGCAUGCAGUACUCUCCAGUGCAAGAUCAAGCAGUAUAAUGUUGGUGCAUUGCAAACAGGAAACUUGUAUCUGCACAGCUUUAGACGGAGCAUAUUUUCAGGGUUUAAAGAGUUAGAGAUUAAAGUCACUGUUGUUUCCAGUAGAUCUUGGAUGGACAGAAAGCACAUUACAGAAGGGAAACAAGAAAAACAAGUUGUAUGAAAGCAGAUUAGCGUUUUUCGUCAUGGACGUCUUGUUCUGGAGGCUGCUCUGUAGAGUGGACACUAGCUAAUGACUUCCGGCGCCCGACAGAGAUGGCCGCCUCGGUUACACGCAUUUCGCUACACUCGCAUUAACAUCUGCUAACCAUGUGUAUGUAACAAAUAACAUUUGAUUUGAUUUGAUUUUAGCUGGCACAGCCACAAAGUCAUCAAAUUCGGAAUUUAAACAAAAAGCUCAUUUUUGUUUUCACUAUUUUUUACAAUAUAGCAAAUUUCGACUUUGUAGCUGCCUCCAGGACAAGACAUUUACCUGCGGUAUGAAAUGGCAGUACACACUGUAUGUCACCCUACUGGCCCUAUCCAUCCUCUGCAUAUCUGCUUCUCACAAUGGCCCCUAAGCACUCCAGCAAGACAUAGAAUAGCCUAGUGGUUGCUUGUUUUUAUGCUCCAUCUUUGAAACAAGCCAAUAUUCGGUGGUGGGAUGGGAUGGUUGUAGUGCACUUGAACUGUGAGUGGCCGACGAGAGAUGAACACUUCCCUAAAUUAGGAUUUAUUUCACUGAACUGUGUGAUUUGACGACAGUAGAGCGCCGGUGCGGUUGUUCUUGAUGUAAUCAUAUAGAGGGAGUCGUAACACUGAACUUAAUGUAUAGGUCUUUGGCCUGAUUACUGUACAUGACAGCAAUGUCAGCGGGCUACAGACACUACACUUAGGGCCAUAUUCAAUCCGUAUUGUGGAAAUUCAGCGUUACAGCGUGAUUUGAAUUUAAAGGCAAUUCUCCCGCGUUAGCGGAGACUGCAUUCACGGUAAACGCUGUACCACACAGUGUACUGUAGAUAGUGAGCGUGAACAACGGGAUUUGAUGUAUUCAUAUUCUCGUUGUAAAUUACCCUGUGACUGCUCAAAUGGAAUGACUGACUGUUUGAAUGACUGCAUUUCUCCUGAAUCAUUUACAUUGUAACAUUUUACUUGCGUAGUUUCUUCCAUCGUUCAUUACUGUGCUUCAUAUUGUGAAGUUAUGUGGAAUGUUUGGUGUGCGGCAGAGCAUUUCUUGUUGUGGUCAACCGGCAUAACUAAUGCCCACAGAGCAUUUCUUGUUGUGGUCAACCGGCAUAACUAAUGCCCACAGAGCAUUUCUUGUUGUGGUCAACCGGCAUAACUAAUGCCCACAGAGCAUUUCUUGUUGUGGUCCACCUGCAUAACUAAUGCCCACAGAACAUUUCUCAGUAUACAGAGAGUAGACAGCUACUGGAGUGGUUACACAACUGUCUGUCAGCAUACCAAAUGGCACCCUAUUCCCCACGUAGUGCAUUACUUUUGACAGUGGUGGAAAGUACUUAAUUAAAAAUACUUUAAAGUACUACUUAAGUAUUUUUUGGGGGGUAUCUGUACUUUACUGUUUAUAUAUAUUUUUUACAACUUUUACUUUUACUUCACUACAUUCCUAAUGAAAAUAAUGUACUUUUUGCCCAUACGUUUUCCCUGACAUCCAAAAGUACUCGUUACAUUUUGAAUGCUUAGCAGGACAGGAAUAUGGUCCAAUUCAUUCACUUAUCAAGAGAACAUCCCUGGUGAUCACUACUGCCUCUGAUCUGGCGGACUCACGAAACAAAAAUGCUUCAUUUGUAAAUGAUGUUUGAGUGUCCCCCUGGCUAUCAGUAAAUUUUUUAAAACAAGAAAACUGUGCCGUCUGGUUUGCUUAAAAUAAUUUAUACUUUUACUGUUGAUACUUAAGUAUAUUUUAGCAAUUACAUUUACUUUUGAUACUUAAGUAUGUUUAAAACCAAAUACUUUUAGACUUUUACUCAAGUAGUAUUUUACUGGAUGACUUUUACUCAAGUAUGACAUUUGGGUACUUUUUCCAUCACUGACUUUUGAGCAGACCUUAUGGGCAGUGGUGUAAAGUACUUAAGUAAAAAUAUUUUAAAGUACUACUGAAGUAUAUUUUUGGGGUAUCCUUACUUUACUUUACUACUUAUAUUAUUUUGACGACUUUUACUUCUCUACAUUCCGAAAUAAAAUAUUGUACUUUUUACUCUAUACAUUUUCCCUGACACCCAAAAGUACGUUACAUUUUGAAUGCUUAGCAGCACAGGAAAAUUGUCAAAUUCCCUCACUUAUCAACAGAACAUCCCUGGUCAUCCCUACUGCCUCUGAUCUGGCAGACUCAUUAAGCACACAUGCUUCGUUUGUAAAUUAUGUCUAAAUUUUGGAGUGUGCCCCUGGCUAUCCGUAAAUUUUAAAAACAAGAAAAUGGUGCCAUCUGGUUUGCUUAAUAUAAUGAAUUUGAAAUUAUUUAUACUUUUACUUUUGAUACUUAGGUACAUUUUUGCGAUUACAGUUACUUUUGAUACUAAAUUAUAUUGAAAACCAAACACUUUUAGACUUUUACUCAAGUACUAUUUUACUGGAUGACUUUCACUUUUACUUGAGUCCUUUUUUAUUAAGAUAUCUUUACCUUUAAUCAAGUAUGACAAUUAGGUACUUUUUCCAUCACUGCUUAUGGGCCCUUGUCAAAGGUAAUGCAAUAAAUAGGGGAUAGGGUGCCAUUUGGUCUGCAGAAGACAGUUGUGUAACCACUCCAGUAGCCAUCACCUGAGGCACCAGAGAUAUUCUGCAAAGAGAUUCUUUAACCGGUCAUCUGUAGCCGUUGCUACAGACGUUCCAUUGACUCACAAAAUGGCUGGGGACGGAGGGGGGAUGUCAAAUCAAACUUUAUUUGUCACAUGCGCCGAAUACAACAAGUGUAGACCUUACUGUGAAAUGCUUACAUACAAGCCCUGUAUAGCGACAGUGGCGAACUGCUAGGGCCUACAUAAAUCUGUCCCAACAGCAGUCCCAAUGCCUUACCACUGCUACACCUGGCUAUCAACGGAGCCUCAUUUACUGCCUUUUUUAAAAAAACAUAGCUGAUAUGGCUGACUUGUUAAAAAAUGUGGUUUCUACUGACAAUUGAGAUGUACAAACUAUGGCAUGAGGGGACGACAAGCGGAUGAGGCAAUCCAUAAUUUCGAUUAAGACAUUAAUGAGCGAGCUAGGACGUCCGUUGUCAAUAUAACUAUUUGUUCAGCACUUUUGAAAUGUACAGCGACAGAAUUUAGAACAUGGGCUGUUCUUACAGUGUUCUCCCUGUACACUAAGUCAGAACCGUAGGAUAAAUAAAGGGGACAUAUAAGCAGACAAUGAAAGCGCUUACAAUAGUCGAUAAUUACAUUUCUCAAAAACAGGUUAAAGGCUUACAUGUGCACCACCAAGUCAGAACAGUAGGCAAAAUUAAGAGGUGAAAAUAUACCAAAUUAUUAGGGUAAGGCACAUGGGCUACUAACAGCUUACUGAACAACAUACACUUAGUAUUACUUUCUUAGCUACAGUAUACAUAUCUCCCUGGCAUGUUACAUCAUUUAUGCAGCAGCAUACAAUACAUUUUUGGACUCACCUUGUUGUGCUGGGCUCACUUGAACAGGAAGGUGGCAAAGUAGUUCUUCGUGGGCAAAUUUUGUCAUCAGUCUUUGUCAUCAAAGUCUCUGGAUUUAUGGUUCUUUCAAGACAACUGGAAAAAUAAAAAUGAAAGUAGAAUCAUGAUGACGUCAGUGAUCUUCAGGUCGUAGCUCUAGUAAGAGGCCCGAGUUCCGAAUUUACAAUUACGAGUUGGAUGAAAGUUCAAAACUUAUUUUCCCAGUCGUAGUUCAUUUUUCCUGAGUUCCCUAGUUGUCUUGAACUCACUAAAAGUCUGAUUUUGCAGUUUUGAGCACGGCACAAAUCAUGCUUCAUUGACAGCACAGCCAAUGUUGAAUGUUUAUCAUUUUAAACUUGGAAAAGAGACUUGGGACCACACAGCCACUCCACUGAAUAGCAGGCUAGUGAUUGCUAUGCAAUGCUUGCAGUUACCGACUGAUUCCUUCCAAACCGCUCAUUGUUGAAUUUCCGAUUUCCUUCUUGUUGGAUAAUGUUUAUGUCUAAUGGCCGAUGAGCACCGAUACAUUUUAUCUAUAAUUUCUCAUAUGACAAGGAUUAAAAAGGAUUAGCCAGUAGAUUGUCUACUUGAUUCAUGAGGAUGACCGCUAGCUAAGAUUUUGAAAGUCUGAUGUUGACAUGAUCAGUCCAAUCAAACCUACUGUACAUAUAACGUGAUUUGACGUAAUUUUAUCUGUGGCCAAUGACCUUGAGCCUUCUUGGAUGGGCACUCCUAAUAUAACUCUAUGGCAGCACCCAAGGAGCUUGAUUUUUCUUGCUCUACCUUUAGACUUGGAGGUGACGUAGUGUCCCCAUGAGUGACAGAACACUUAGCCAUUCACAGCGCAGCGCUCCAUAUUUUCUGCUGGCUUGCCCCACCACCACAGAAAGCACUGAGCUAGGCUGAAACACCUGCAUUUGAGCUGCUUUACUCAAGAAAAAAAAGAGACCAUGUUUGCAUGCAGCUUUAUUAACACAAUGAUAUAUAUAUUUUUACAGUGUUUGGAAACUGAUGUGAUACGUAUUAAUGCCAAAAUAACAUGCAAAACAGGCAAGUCCCCCCAAAAAUAUAUAUAAAAAUAUAUUAUUUUUUUGCUUAAAAUGUGGGACUCAAAACAGGUGGGGCUCUGCCUGAAAGACGGGUCGUCACUGUAGUGUUAUUUUAUACCAUGCAGUGUCAAUGUAUUGUAAUUAAACAGUUUUUACCCGUUAUUAAUA